UGCUCCGCGUUUCCGCGAAGAGGACUGAGCCCAACGCUCUGCCCAGCGGAGCCUCCAGGCCCCUGCGUGCCGCCCUGCGGGCAUCUGGCUCGCGCCCAGCGGAGGGGCCGCCCCCGAGUGCAACCCCGGGGGCGCAGAACCGGGUGCGGAAGGGCGCCGGCGGAGCCCGGCUGCAGGCGGCGGGGCCGCGGCCACGCGUCCCCGACUGUAGCGGCGACAAACUGCCAAGAUGUGAGCGCGAGGAAGGACUCUCGAGAUGACGAGGAUGCUCUGGGGCCACGACGCCUGUGCCGGUAGACCGCUCGCCCUGUGUCUCCUGGGGAGCAUCUGCCUCAUGUCCGGGGCGCCGCAGCCUCUGCCCGAACUCUCCGACGGGCCCUGUGACAUUAACAUGGUGCUCAGGAACUUCCGGCCGGUCAUAUCGUGGAAACUGAGAAGCGUUUCCAUCGCGCCCACCCACUACACACUAUGGUACGCGAACAUGAGCGACAGGAAGGACAUGGAGGUGGUCGAGCACUGCGCCAACAUCACCAGCCUGUCCUGUGACGUCACGGACCUGUGGGCCGACGUGUCGGAGAUGUACGAGCUGCAGCUGGUGGGGUCCCGGGGGAACGCCACGGCGGUGCAGUGUUUCCGCAACAUCUUCCCAGAGCUGGACAUGCGCCUGGAGCCCCCCGAGUUUGAGGUCGCUGGCUUCACGGACCACAUUCGUGUGACCCUGCUGCUCCCCGAGACCCUGCCCAAGGGGCCCCAGGAUCAGGAACUGUGGAGUCACUUCCCGCUCAUCAUCGAAGAGCAGCUGGAGGGGAUCGCGAAGAAGCAUAAACUCAAAAUAAAUGAGGACACCAAAGGGAAUUUCACUUACAUCCUUGACAAGUUAAUUCCCAACACAACCUACUGCGUGUCUGUCUACUUCAACCCCAGGAACGUGGAGAAUGUCAUCAGGUCUCCCCAGAAGUGCACCCACCUUCCACCGGCGCGGCAGUCAGUGUCACCGGAAUCAGCCAUAAUCGGAGCCUUCAUGUCCGUGGCCUUCGUCGUGGCCGUCGCUGUGAGCGCCCUGAUGACACUGAGACGGGUGGGCUACAUAUGCUUACGGAGCGUGCCCCCCAAAGUGCUGAAUUCCGCCGUGGACGUGUUUUGCACAGGCUGUCUUUUCCUUCCAGACGACCCCGUGGGACGCAAACCCGGAGUGCGCUCACCUUGUAGAGAGAGGAGGCCGUCGGUGGUGACGCCGGCGGUGGGGACCCGUCAGGGCACACACCGCCGCAGGGCCCCCCGCUGCCUCUCGCUGCCGCCGAGGUCCCUUCCGCCUGGGGGAUGUCCCCGCGCCUGGCGCCUGCUCCCGCGUGUGCACCCGUCCCUGUCAGCGAAACCAGCCUCUCUGCCUUCCCUCCUCUGCGGGCCGCCCGGGCGCCGAGUCUCCGCCCGUGGGCCGAGCCGAGCCCCACACGUUUCAGAGAGGCCCCCCACGGCCCGUCCCCUCAUGUGUCACUCCCCUGUCCCGCCGCUUUCUGUCUACAGAAAACUUGCGCAACUUUUCCUUCAGAAAUUCCUGUGUUUCUGUGUUGGAACUGACUCACCUCAUCUCAUUCCUCACCAGCUGCGUCCUUGAAUACUCCCUCCAGGGCUGACAUACUGUAUUUUCUGAACCAUAAGACACACCUCGGUUUUAGAGGAGGAAAAUAGGAAAAAACUUUGGAAGCAAAAAAUAUGAUAAAAUACUUAAUAACAUCAAUAAUAUAAUAUUUCACCAAUGUAAAUGUGAAGCUACAUUCGGACCAUAGCGCACCCCCAUUUUCCUCCCAAAUUGGUGGGGGGGGGGUGUCUUAUAGUCUGAAAAAUACGGUAUUUAUAUUUUUCUCUUUCUUGUUUUUAUUGGGUCAGUGGGUUGGGGGAGGACUAUUGGUUGGUUCGGUAUUUGUACUUUUAGAGAUCUUUAACUGCCCCUGGGAUUUGAACUUGGCAUUGGGCUGUGCCUUAGGAGAUGCGGACGGGACGCUCUGUGCCACGUUUCAUCCACAGUGACACCGUCGUGUGGAAGGCAAGACUGGGAAUGUUCCAGAAGGCAGUGUAGGGGCUCUUUGUGGCUUUGGGAUGAGGAAGCUUCCCAGACACACACACAAAAAAGCAAAAACCGUGAGGGAGGGAACAGUGAUACAUUUUCGUACAUUAAAACUAAGAAUUUCCUUUUCUCAAAUGCCAUCAUCAGCAGAGCAAAACGAUGAAACCACAGACUGGGGGGAAGUGUACGUAACAAUCAUUGACGAACGAGUAGCAUUCGGACAGUAUAAGAGCUCCCGUGAAUCCAUGAGAAAAGAGAUGAACACCCCAGCAGAAGAAACCCCCCCACCACCACCAAGGCCGGGCCUGGGCACAGCAGGGAGGAGCCAGUUUGCGGAGCGGGGCAGCCGGGGCAGGCUGCGGGCAGCCAGAGACCAGCGGGGUGCGGAGCCCACCCUCCGCGUGGCAUGGCCGGCCCGGCCCGUCGUCGCCUGGAGACUCAGCCGCCCCUGUUCUCCUGGGCUCUCCCACCUCUGCCCCUGGAGCGCUUUCCUCCAGGGGCUGGAAGAGAACGCUCCCAGUCUCUGUCUUCCUGGGCCCUCUGGAGGCCAGUCCAGGGGGGGCUUUGACGCCCCCACACAUGCAGUCGGCUCCCCACAGUCUCUCCUCACCCACAGUCCCCUGAUACCCUCCGGAGUGGCCGUCUGUCCAGCCCGCAGGAGCACGACGGGAGGCCAGAGGGAGAGCGGGCUGGGCUGCCUGCCUGGUUUGGAAGCCAGGCCCCAUCUGGGCCGGCUUCCUACCUGUCGGCUUCCCUCCUCCCCUGCAGACCGGGAGCGGGACUGGGAAGCCUGCGUCCCCGCGUGGUCGUGAGGGCGAAAGGACCCGUCGGCGCUCGGCGCAGAACCCGCCCACCGCGGACACUCUAGCACCCUUAGCUCCGGGCACUGCCGCCGCCGCCACCCCCGGCCUCCCCCCUGCGCGGUCCGUCUCCUUCAGCUUUAUGACGGUGGAGAGGAAGGACAAACACAACUGAUGGGCUCUCUCUCUCUCCCUCCC